GAUGAAGUACGAACAGGUACCUAUCGUCAGCUUUUCCACCCUGAGCAGCUUAUCACCGGUAAAGAAGAUGCAGCGAACAACUAUGCAAGAGGACAUUACACUGUUGGCAAGGAACACAUUGAUACUGUCCUGGAUAGGAUCAGGAAAAUGGUCGAUCAAUGCGUUGGUCUCCAGGGCUUUCUCGUGUUCCAUUCCGUCGGUGGAGGCACGGGAUCAGGUUUUACCUCACUCCUUAUGGAACGUCUAUCCGUUGACUAUGGCAAGAAAUCAAAGUUGGAGUUUACUAUUUACCCAGCUCCUCAAGUCUCCACUGCUGUGGUUGAGCCUUACAACGCAGUAUUGACCACCCACACUACCCUGGAACAUUCUGACUGCGCUUUCAUGGUUGACAAUGAAGCUGUUUUUGAUAUCUGCCGACGUAACAUGGAUGUUGAGAGGCCAACGUACACCAACUUGAACAGGCUGAUAGCCCAGGUCGUGUCUUCCAUCACAGCAUCCCUGCGCUUUGAUGGAUCGCUAAAUGUCGAUCUUACUGAAUUCCAGACCAACUUGGUGCCAUACCCACGUAUCCAUUUCCCAAUGGCCACCUAUGCACCAGUCAUCUCUGCAGAGAAGGCUUACCAUGAACAACUGAGUGUUGCUGAGAUCACUAAUGCCUGCUUUGAGCCAGCCAAUCAGAUGGUCAAGUGUGAUCCACGUCACGGCAAGUACAUGGCCUGCUGUCUUUUGUACCGUGGUGACGUUGUACCCAAGGACGUCAAUGCUGCCAUUGCAGCCAUCAAGACCAAGAGAACCAUCCAGUUUGUUGACUGGUGUCCAACUGGCUUCAAGGUUGGCAUUAACUACCAGCCACCCACUGUUGUUCCUGGUGGUGACUUGGCCAARGUCCAGCGUGCUGUCUGCAUGUUGAGCAACACCACAGCCAUUGCCGAGGCCUGGGCUCGUCUGGAUCACAAGUUUGAUCUGAUGUAUGCCAAGCGUGCCUUUGUGCACUGGUAUGUUGGAGAGGGUAUGGAGGAAGGAGAGUUCUCCGAAGCCCGUGAGGACUUGGCAGCCCUUGAGAAGGAUUACGAAGAGGUUGGAGUUGACUCCUACGACGAGGAAGAAGAGGACGCCGGAGACGAAUACUAGUUAGCUUGAUAGAUAAAUCAUUAUUAGAGUUAAUUAAAAUUUUUAUGAUAACAGAUGUUCGAUAACUGACAACAUUAUUUCUAAAACUUGAGAACUAGCUUUUAAACAAAAGAUAUGAAAUAAAGGACAUAGAUAUAAUCUG